GGUGCCUCUUUCUCUUGUUAUCUUUUUAGCCCUCCUCGCUCCCCCCCCCUCGUAAUGCUCUCUCUCUCUCUCUGCGACUUCACUUUGCUUCAUCUCAGCCCACAGAGAUCUCUCUCUCUCAAGCUUUCUCUCUAUAAAGCUCAGAUCGCUCCAAGCAGAUAGUCAUGCAGGAAGCGACUCCUGCCCCUGCUCCCCAUGCCCAAUUUGCCUUCGUGGAGCAAUAUUACCAUAUUCUUUCCCCAUCUCCACAGUUAAUGCAUUUUAAUUUUUAUCAGGAUUCAAGCUCUCUGAGCAGGACGGAUAUCAAGGGUAAUAUGACAACAGUGACAGCCAUGGAAGCGGUGGGUGAAAAAAUUCAGUCCUUAAAUUACGGAGACUAUACGGCAGAAAUAAAAACAGAAGAUUCCGUGCAUACUCAAAAGGAGGUUAAGGAUGGUGCUCGUAUGGAUGUUUGUAGGACGGAAAAGUCUCAGGAGACUAAAAGGGCUAAGUUUGAAUCAGUUCCUCCAAAGGUGGAUGAGUUUGGGAGAUUGGUCAGAGAAGGUUCCAGUGAUAGUGACUCUGACGAUUCACUCUAUAAUAAAAGGUAUAAUAAAAGAGGUAGAAGUCGAAUACAUAGCCGUAGCCGUAGCCGUAGCCGCAGUCGCAGUCGCAGUCGGUCUCCUCUUGAUAGCAGGAGGGGAAGUUCAUGGAGGAGAAGAGAGAAGCGAAGCCGUUCUCGGAGUCGGUUCUAGGAAUCAAAGAAGCAGGAGUAGGAGCAGGUCCCCCACAUUUAGGCGCGCAAAUGAGUUCAGAGAUGGCAGUAAGAGACAGGACCGGCGCCACAUUCCAGAAUGUUUUGACUUCCUUCGAGGCAGAUGCUACCGAGGAGCACACUGUCGGUAUAUGCACCGGGAAUAUGACAAGAAUGAUGGUUCAAGGCAACAUAGGAGCAAACCAACCCUUUUCGAGUCUCAGCCUGGUUUCAAAACUUUUGGGAUUAAGGAAAAGGUUGAUGAAAUUAAAGCUCGGGAGAUGCAACUCUGUGAAGAUGCGCCUAUUGCUAGAAAAGAUGGUCAGUUGAUUGAUGCUGAGAAAAUGAAUUGUGAGAGUUCUAGAGUCACAGAUAUUGCAGUGCAAGUGAAACAAAUAGUUCCUGAAAACCUUAGGGAAACCACCACUCGCAUUCCUGACGGAAAAGAAUUUCACGAAGUGCAAAAAUCUCACCACCCACCCCCUCAGCUAAUAAGCAGUGCUGAUAAUAUGAAGUCAUCUGAUGGUACUUCCGAGGAUGUGCUUCCUCUUAUGAAUAAGUCCGUAGUAGAGCAACCUCAAAAGGCUGAUUGUCCAUCUGUUCAGAUGGAAAACUCUUUCAUGACUGAUCUGUCACCGGUUCGAGCAUCCACGACUUCUCCAAAUAUGGUUUCUAGUAGUGAGCCUUUACCAAAUGCAACUGCGUCGACUAAUGUGUGGCCCAUCAAAAGUUCUAAUGACCAACCACUUUCGUCACAAUUCAUGGCUCCUAAUUCUAAAGAGUUACCUCUUCCCAGCAUCUCUGCUGCAAAUGUUCCAUAUCUUUCAGAGCUGCCCCUUCCUCCACCUCCUCCUCAACCUUCACAAGGUGCCAGUGCUGUUCAUGCUCCACAGAUGCAUAGGGAUUACAAUUUGAUGCCACUCUGUCCACCGCAGUCUAUAUCUUACCAAGGUUCCUUACCCAACCAACAUGCUCAGUUCUCUCUACCACCAAAUUCCCCUUGGACAUCCUUACCCCCGCCACCUCCACGACCACUGUAUGAUUCAUCUUUAAAUGCAGGAACUACCGCACCAGGUGGUUCUUCACAGUUUCAGCCGAACCAUUUGGUUCCAAGGAAUGACUUUGGUUCUCAGCCUUCUAUCAGGCCUUACUCAACUGUAUUGCCUUCUCAUUCUCAGGCUGGUGAUUUUCUGCAUCAUAUGUACCCUCCAAUGCAGGAAUUUCCUCGCCCUGUGUUGCAUAGAGCAGAUUUUGGAUCAGGCAACUCAUCAAGUCAACCAUUUGGAGGCCUUGGUCAUAUGAGAGAAGACCGCUUUACACAUGCUCCUGUGCAGGAUUUAAGUUCUUCACACGCUUUUGCUCAUGGCAACACGCACCCACAACCUGGUCCUCCUUCACAGGAAUUGACUAUGAACAAAUUGCAAAAUUUCUCUGGUGACAAUUUUCCUUCUGGCGACCUUUUAAAUUCAUCCUUACAGAUUCAUCCCCGUUCACAGAACCAACAGCCAACCUAUAGCACACAAUACCCUGUUGGUGAUGGCAUCUUGGGUGUGCCUGGGAAGACUGGUGUGCAAUACCCUGUAGGUGAUAGCAUUUUGGGUUUUCCUGGGAAGGAUGGUCCUAUGUCCCAAUACCCUACAGAUAUUGUGGACAGAAAUCAAUCGUCUCGCCUUCCUGAAUUUGGGGCAUCUAGAAUACCUACACAUCAUAAUCCUUACGCAUCUACUUUUGAGCAGCCACUAUCCUCCAAAUUCAGUUCUAACAUUCACAAUCAAGACAACGGUGCUCCCUCUGGUAACAUGUUUGAUACUCCCUGCAAUUUGAGCCAAGUUCUUGUGGAUGGGCAAGGUGUUGGCAGUGUUGGAUCAAGACAGACUACUUCAUCACCAAGUUCUGCUAGAGCUGCUGGACAGCUUUUGCCCAAGUCAGAUGGUGAGCAGUAUGAUCCCCUUUGGGACAGCAUUGAGCCAUCAUCAGCUUUGCUCAAGAAACAUGGUCAUGGUCAAAAACAGGAAUCUGCCGGUGAUUCCAAUAUCAUUGUGAGGCUCAGUGAGAACAAGCAUAAAGAGGUUGAAACCGUUGCAUCAGCUACAUCUCUGGAUAUUGAUGAGUUUGGUGAGACAGCGGAUGCAGAAGUGGGUGUUGUUGAGGACGAGAGUCUGAGUGAUCCUGGUGGUGCAGCAAACAUGGCUGGUGAGAUUGAGAUUGAUCAGGUGGAGUCUCCAGGGAAGAGCAAGAAGAAAAAGGAUUCAAGAUCAACGAGACUUUUCAAGAUUGCUAUUGCAAAUUUUGUAAAGGAAAUUCUGAAGCCAUCGUGGCGGCAGGGUAAUAUGAGCAAGGAAGCGUUUAAGACCAUUGUCAAAAAGACUGUUGAUAAGGUCUCUGGAGCCAUGAAGAAGCACCAGAUACCCAAGUCAGAGGCAAAGAUAAAUCACUACAUUGACUCGUCACAGCGGAAACUGACAAAACUGGUGAUGGGUUAUGUUGACAAGUAUGUGAAUGUGUAGACGUCAGCUGUGUUGAAGCAACCAACCAGCACGCAACGGCACAAGUUCUUGAGGGUGUCAUCUCGGACCAAAAGAGAAAUGGAUCUCUCAAUGAAGAUUAAAGUAGAGCCUUAGACCUUUUGCAGUAAGUCACAACUAUAUAAACAGUGAUCAUUGUAUACUAUAUAUAUAGUGUGAAUUCUAAGAAGGUUGAUUGAAUGGUUCGGUGAAAUGCGGUUAUAAUUAUAAGUUAA